AUGCGCCGUCUGAACGGGGUUGAGAACUGGCAUCGGGGAACAAAUAUAUUUAACCGAGAUAUAAUAUUCUUUCCUGUCCAAAUCUCUGAAGAAAACCAUUGGAUUUUAAUAGUAGCAUGGCCGAAACGAAAACUCUUGCAGUCAUUCGACUCGUUGGGAAGAGCUCGACCAUCCAUCCUCCAGGAUAUUUUGUGCUACUUGGAGCGGCUGGCCCAGGUGUUCCGGUGGAAUUUCCGCGCCACAGAAUGGGCUCUUAUGGAGAAGGCCCCCUGCAUGCAACAGCCCACAGGCAGCGUAGAUUGUGGAGUAUACGUCUGCUUGUACGCAGAGAAAAUCGCAACGGGGACGUCAGUGACGGAUCUGGGAGCGUUGGAUGGUGUUGCAUCGCGGAAAGGGAUGGCAUCCGCUCUGCGAAGAUCGGAACUAUUUAGAGAUGAGGAACCACUGCUAAGUAAGGAUGGAAGCACUAUUGACCCCCCAUUAACGCCCAGUCACAACGCACCAUUCCGACACUCCACGGGGAAUUGCUAUGUGAAAGGCCAGUUACGAUAA